AUAGAAAAAUUCGAAGAGUUGUGAGCAUUCAGAAAUAGUAUUGUGAUUUAGUUGCUAAUGAUGUUCAGCCUUGAAUAUUGUUUUUUGUACAUCAAGCGAUUAAGUCCAGAAUGUUCCAAUUUGAUAGCGCAAUAUCAAGCAAGUCCCAAUAACAGAUGUGGCAGACAUUGUGACUGUAACAAUGGCUGAGUCAGAAGAAAUAAAUAAAGCAACAAAAAAACUUGAAGAUAUUUCUCUUAAGACUGAUGCAGAUGAAACAGAAAAAUAUGUAGAUUGUGAUAAUGAAAUAAAACAAAACAUAGGAAAAGAAGAGACACUUUCUAAAAUAUCAGACAGUUCUGAAUCAGUAUCAUCUGAGCUAAAAAGUGAAGACAAUAAACAAAAAAAUACCAAUAAAGAACAAUGUGAUAGUGAAGAAGAGUAUUUCUCAGUGGGUGAAGAUGAUAAUGAAGAUGAGGAGGAGGAGGAAGAAGAUGAUGUGAAAGUUGAAAAGAUAGAUGAGGACGAAUACAAGAGGACUCUAGAAGAAACUUUGUCUGAUGAUGAAAAAUUGGAAAGAAAAAACAAGUCCCAAGAAUGCAAAGAUGAGGGCAACAAGUUCUUUCGAGAGUCUGAGUUUAAUGAAGCUAUUGAUAAAUAUUCAGAAGCUUUAAAGAUAUGCCCCUUUGCUUUCCCUAAAGAAAGAUCUAUCAUGUAUUCUAACAGAGGUGCUUGUCAUAUGAAAUUAGAGAAUAAUGAAGAGGCAAUAAAAGAUUGUAGUAGUGCUAUAGAUUUACAUCCCCACUAUUUAAAAGCCGUGUUAAGAAGAGCAGAACUUUAUGAAAAAAUAGAUAAAUUAGAUGAAGCACUAGCAGAUUAUCAGAAAGCUGUAGAAUUAGAUCCUACACAGAAUAAAGCUAGAAUCACUGCUAUGAGACUAGCAGAUCAAAUAAAAGACAGAAAUGAAAAAAUGAAAACAGAAAUGUUAGGAAAGUUAAAGGAUUUGGGUAAUUUAGUAUUAAAGCCAUUUGGACUUUCAACUGAUAAUUUCCAAUUACAGCAGGGUGAAACUGGUUCCUAUAGUGUAAACUUUAAGCAGAACUGAAACUAUAUAUAAUUCUUCUCUUUUUUUUCAUAUAAUGUAAAUUCAUAAAAAGAGAUAAAGUCAUUGCAGAGUCAAAAAGUCGUAUCUGGUAUUUGCAAAUUUUUCAGCAGCGAUUAUGAAUCAUGAUACCAUACGAAAUUGUGAAAAUUUGGUCCCAAAAUGUAUUUCUAAAGUUUUUCUAAAAUAUUUCCAUGAAAAGUGUGUGUGUGUGUAGCUGUUCAAACAUCAUGUUGCUGUUCAUACAUUUUGUACAAAACAUUCAGAAUAGAAAUAUGGAGUGAAAGUUGGUCAUUAUUCGCUUGAAUUUCAUAGAUAUAAAGCAGUAGAUUCUAAAUACUAAUAAGUAUUGACUUCUUUUGUUGAUAAAUUUUAUAUUGAUGUAUUUUGUAAACAGCCAUUUAAGACAUUUUGACAAAAUAUCUAUAAAUCCCUUUUGUAUUGGCUUAAAAAUAUGAAAAAUAAAUGAAAAAAUGCUCAAGUACAUGAAGAGAAAAAAUAUUUUAGAUUCAACCUUUUGACUCCAUAUUUAUUUUCAUUUCGCAGUAUCUUCAUGAGUUUUCAGGCAGUUUGGUUAAAUUAAACUUAUACUUCUUUUUCAUGCUAUAUUUUGAUAAGUAGGGUUUUAUUGAGUCAACAUUUAGUCAUAUUCUGCAAAUUGUACUACAUGUAUUUAUUAGCAAUAAAUUGUAUUGCUCCUUGGGCAAGGCAAGAGGUACCUGUCUUUUAACAGCAAACAAUUAUACAAUGUAUAUGUAUCUGAAUUUCAAUUUGUAGCAAAUGGAAUUCAGAUCUGUCCAGGUGCUUUAAAGGGGUAGUGAGAAAAUGUUUUUUUUUCUUUUUGGGUUUUAAACUAGCUAAUAAACUUUGUUUUUGAAAGCUGUUUAUUUUAACCUUCAUUGAAGGGAAAAUGACAUUGUAUAUCAAAUAUGCCAUACACUUUUUUCUUUAAAAAUGUGUGAUGUUGUUUAGCAAAUGAUUUCUGUAUGUUAUAGUCUCUAAUCGUCUUUGUGGGGUUUUAAUUCCCAUGCAAACUACAAUAUUAUAAAAGUUAAAUCUAUAAAAGAAAUAUUGGCCUAAAACAAUGAACUGAAAGUUUGUCAACAUUUGUAACCCUUUGUAAAGUUAUAACCAGAUAUGGUCAAAACACGCCAGUGCCAUCUAAAAUCUUUUGAUUGGCCUCUGUUUUAUUUGAUUGAAUCCAAGAUGGGAGAUUAUCUACCAUUGAUAUUUUGAUUCUGUUUGCUGAAGUCAAUGUAAAGUAAUCAAUUUGAAUAUAUUUAGCAUGGAUUAACACAUACAUUAUGCAAGAGCUAAAUCGGCCUAUUGCAGGUCUUCCUCUAGGUCUGAAAAUGUUAUCUAAAUUAUUAAUUAACUUUUUCAGACCAUAAUCAACUCUCAAUGUCAACGUUAGCCUGUGAUAUUUUGGGGAUUUGAAUACAUUUUGUGAUGGAUAAUUUAAUGUAAAAAUGGAUAAUUACUGUCUUUAUUAUCGUAGCAACGUUAGUAAUGAAGAUCGAGGCUAGCCUAAAAUUGAAUCGCUAAUAUCACUGUUCAGAACAAAGCAAUUUGACUGAAAUUUUCAGCAUAUUCUGUUUUCAUUAUCUAUUUUUUAACUAUUAUAGCGAAAACUGUCAGCUCUUUAUCUAAUCUUACCUAAUGCUCCUUUAAGCGGUGAAAAAUGAGAUAUUAUUAGAAAAAUGCAAAUGCCAAUCAACGGCUUAAGUCCAAUGUAUUCCCCUUUAUAAAUACUUUCAUGAAAAUGGUCAAAAUAACUAUUAAGAUUACAAUUUGAAUUAUAGUGUCACUACGCUAGAGGUUAGUCUUUAUUAUGAGGAUUUAGUUUUUUUCAGUUUGGUGCACCAUAAAAUUGAUUGUACAAUAUUGUAUCUUGUAAAACACUGUAUGUAUAUUGUAUAUUUGUAAAGGUGAAUAAAAUGUACAUAUUACUCAUUGUAUAACAGAA